CACUGUGAGAGGGAGCUGUGACUUAAAUCAGCCUCGGUUCAGUCAGUCUCGGGUCAGGACCUCCGCUGUCUGAUAGCAGGAGUCACAGUGAGGAUUUAACACCGGGAUCAAGUCAGACUUGGCUCGUGCGUAAAGGUGGACCAGAGAGUGGGAGAAACACCAGCAGCACCAGUUUCCCACGGACUCCAAGAGAAGAGGGCGGGGGUUGGGUGUUUUGAAGGGGUACCACUCACACAUACACACACACACACACACGCACACACACGCACACACACCCUUCCUCAGCAGCAUCCUGAGCAGCCGGUCUUAUUGAAACAGUUGAGCAGCAGCAGUGUGAAGGCGACUGAAGCCUAACAUGCCGAGUAAAAGCCAGUAUCUGCGCCCCCGGCUGUGCACGCUGGAGAAGGGGGACAACGGCUACGGUUUCCACCUCCACGGGGAGAAAGGUAAGACGGGGCAGUUCAUCCGGUUAGUAGAGCCCGACAGCCCGGCGGAGACCUCGGGGCUCCGCGCUGGGGACCGGCUAGUGUUCGUGAACGGGGAGGACGUGGAGAACGAGAGCCACCAGCAGGUCGUGUCCCGGAUACGCGCCACCGUGGGCCGGCUGGAGCUCGUGGUGGUGGACCCGGACACGGAGCAGCUGCUGAAGAAACACAACAUGAAGUGUCUGAAGGAGUAUGUUACCGACGGGGUCCCGUUACCUUUCGACGAGGAGGAGGAGGAGGAGGUGGUGGAGGUGGUGGUGGAGGAUGAAGACGGGACUGUAAACGGGGAUGAGCAGUACGCCAAAGAGGAAGAGGAGGAGGUGGUGGAGGAGGAGGAGCGGCAGGGGACAUCCAGGGAGUCCACACCGGUCCCGGAGAGUAACGGAGAGAUCCACGUGCACGUUGAGAAAAAGCUGAGCAUCAGCUCUGAAAAGGCGGUGUUGUGCAACGAGCUGCGGCCUCGUCUGUGUGUGAUCCAGCGAGGGCCCAACGGAUAUGGCUUCAACCUGCACAGCGAGCGGGCGCGGCCGGGCCAGUACAUCAGAGCUGUGGACGAAGACUCUCCAGCAGAGAGGGCGGGGCUGCUCGCCAAGGACAGGAUAGUACAGGUCAACGGUCUGUCAAUAGAGGGAAAGACACAUUCAGAAGUCGUAGCUGCUAUUAAAGCAGGCGGGAGUGAGACGCGUCUGCUGGUGGUGGACCUCGACACCGACGCCUUCUUUAAGAAAUGCAGAGUGACCCCGACCUCCGACCACGUCACCGGUCCGCUGCCUGAGCUUGCCGUUAAUGGAGGGAUGGAGGAGAAGGUGAACGGCAGAAGGGCCAAAGAGGCAGAGAGGGACUCAAAGCUGUCAGUCAGUCCUUCUCCAUCCAAUGCCUCCUCUAACACCUCGCUCACAACCCCGCCAGCAAACACCCCACCUGAGGGUUUGAUGGUGGACGCCAUCCCAGCGCUAAACUUGUCCCUGCAGCAGGUCAAAGAGCUCGCCCAUCAGAAACGCUCCAACAAGAGAGCCCCGCCCAUGGACUGGACCAAGAAAAAUGAACUCUUCAGCAACCUAUAGGCUCACCUCACACACCCAUACACACUCAUACACAUACACACACACACUCUGAUUUAUAGUGAUUCUUACAAAAGAGACUUUUUUUUUAUUUUCAUGACAUUAAAAAUUUAACUUUUGGCAUCAGACAAAUCAUUCUGUAAAAUAUAGUCUUCUCUUUUAUUAUUACUCUUCAUGUUAUUAUAACGCAGAUCUUAUAUAAUGUGCUACUAACAAUGAAAGAUGCAUAUGCCAAUGAAAGAGAACUGGACCAUGUUGAAAAUGUGUGUGUGUGUGUGUGUGCGGACCCUGACAGUCCCUGCUGGCCAGAGUCUGGUGCCUGUGGAAACGAGGAGGAGUUGAUCUUAUGACCCUCCUCCUCCUCCUCUUCCUCCUCCUCCUCUGUCUGCUCAUCUGUCUUUAAAAAGUUUCUCCUAACAUUUCAAACAUCGUAGUGUCUUCAACAGGAGUUUAAGCAGCCCGACAAUCAAUCUAUCAAAUAUUAUUUUGUAGGAAUCAGACAUCUGCCAGAAUGUUUUUUUAUUUUGAAGAUUACAGUUUUCGUGUUAAAUCCCUUUUUGUGAUAUUUCUAAAAACUAUAUUAUCUCAAAAUAUGGUCACUUUCCUCAAAUACUAACAUGACUUUUCUUUAUGAUGGCUUUAAACUGGAAGGAAAUGUGUUUCAAAGAUGGUUCUCUUAUAUUAUAUGUACAUAUAUCAUAUUUCAUGUAUAUUUUUUACAUUUUUGACCUAAAUUCAACAAGAAAUUCAUUUUUUUCUUGCUACAAUACUGUCCAUUUAUCUAUACUCUGUCUGAAUACAUGAAUAUUUUAUUAAAUGUGAACUACAGUUUAUUUGAAUAACUUAUACCGUCCUCACUUUGCCAUCAUGGCCCCUCAGCUCACAUUUUAAGCGUAACAUGGAAUAUUUGUAUUGCUCCUGGAGAAAUGAGAUUUUUACACAUUUCUAUCACUGUCUUAAAAAAUACAAUUAUGUAACUUUAAGAUGAUAUAUUUCUAAGCGAAUGUCUGUGCUUCACUAGAUUUUAUGCAUUUGUCCAGUGUUGAUAAUAGUGAUGAUUUUUCAUGAAUGAUUGAAUUAUAUGAAGAUUUUUGUAGCUCGUGUAAGAGGCGAUUUAUAUACUGUAAUAAAUCAUCAUCACAGCA